AAAUUAUUGGUUUACGUGAAAGUUAUAGCGUUUACCAAAUGGCGGUAGAGAGAGAGAGAUUUUUUUUUUUCUAGUAAUGGUGGCAAUCAGCGACUUAUAGCAGGACUGCAGCAGGCAUUCGGACACUGGGGGGAACUGACUUGGUGUCACUAACAUCCCCAGUGACGCCAAUACAGUGAUCAGUGCUAAUAAAAAGCACUGACACUGUACUAAUGGCACAGGGCAGGAAGGGGUUAACAUGUGGGGCGAUCAAAGGGUUGACUGUGUGCUGUUUUACUAUGGGGGCUGUGUGUGUGUUUCACUGCAAGCACACUGCUUUGUAUGGCUCUGCUAUGCAGAGCCAUACAAAGCAGUGUGCAGGUGCU